AUUUUGUUAUGUGUAUCCCAUCUAUAUAGGGAGCUCGUUGUAACCUCUUAGGCUAUAUAAAGCCUUGUAUAUCAAUGAAUCACUCAGGGGAGUUUAUCCAACUUUCAUGGUAUCAGAGCCAAUAUUGCUCUUGAUAUUUCUUCUUCCGCUUCUUUCCUCUGUCUGUUCUCUUUUUGUUUUUCUGUUCUUUUUCUGUUCUCUUUUUGUUUUCAAUGGCCGUUCCCCCAGCCAAUUUAGAGAGAGCUUUUGGUGUCACUAACAUCAAAUCUCACAUACCUCUCAUACUUGAUCUUGACGAUCAUAAUUACGAUGCCUGGCGUGAGUUGUUUCUCACACACUGUCUCACGUUUGAUGUCCUUGGACACAUCGAUGGCACUCUCCUUCCUGCUAACGCCAACGACACUGCUUGGUUCAAACGUGAUGGCCUAGUCAAGCUAUGGAUCUAUGGGACACUUGCCCCAGAUCUUUUUCGAUCUUCGUUUGAAACCGGUGGCACAUCACGUGAUGUUUGGAGACGCGUGGAGAAUCAAUUCCGCAAUAACAAAGAGGCUCGGGCGAUUCAACUUGAUGCGGAGCUUCGUAGUCAAGAAAUAGGCGAUCGAACAAUACAGGAGUACUGCCAGAAAAUCAAAUCACUCGCCAACUUGCUAACCAACGUCGAUGCCCCCGUUAACGAAAGAACUUUGGUGACGUAUUUGCUUAAUGGUCUAAAUGAAAAAUUUGAUUACAUCAUCAAUGUAAUCAAACAUAAAGAACCAUUUCCGACAUUUGAAGUGGCCAAAUCGAUGCUCGAGCUGGAAGAAACUCGUCUCAAGAAGUCAACAAGGCCAAGCUCUACACAUUCCGAUCACUCAUCCUCAAAUACAGCUCUCACGGUUGCCGUUACAUCAUCAGACCCUCGUCCACAACAGCAGCACAAUCAGUAACAGCACUUCAACAAUAACAAUCGUGGAGGUCGCCGCAACAACAAUCGUUCAAGAGGAGGAGGUCGUGGAAAUAAUCACUCUCGACCUAAUUUUGCAAAUUGGGCCUCUCCCCCAUUUUGGCAAGGCCCGUUUCCGUCCUGGCCCAGUUACAUCACUCCAUGGCAACAACAACAAUAUCGGCCCCAAUUUGCGAUGUCUCAACCGAUGAGUUACCAUCAGUCUCCGCCUUACCAGCAAGCUCCGACACACCACCAAGCUCAUCUAAUGGAGCUUCCGCCUGCAAGUCCUAUGACAGAAUCUCUGACUGAUCCCAAUGCGUAUCCAUGGAUAAUGGACUCGGGUUCGACGGCUCACUUGUCCUCAACUGCAGGAUCUUCCAACACGGACAAUUCUGCUCCGAUGUGAUAGUUUGGGUGAUCUUUACACACUUCCUGCUUCCAUCAAUAAAAACCAGCCAACCUCGACAGCUCUCCUUGCAUCCACUCCUGCUCUUUGGCAUAAGCGUUUAGCUCAUACCCAUGACGCUAAUCUCAACUCUGUUUUUCAAAAAUCUUUGGGAAUCUGUAAUAAAAACAAGCUUUCUAAGUCUUGUGAACCAUGUUAUUUGGGGAAACAAAUAAAUCUUCCGUUUGAAACA